AUGCAGACCAAAAUUGUCAUCAUAGGCGCCGGUUUCGCCGGGUUGUGGAGCGCCCUCUCCGCCAAGCGUCUCAUCAGCCUCAAGCAAAAGCAGGAGGAGAUAGAGGUCAUUGUCAUUGCCCCUAAGCCAGCUCUCGUCAUUCGACCAAGACUCUACGAGGCCAAUGCCUCCGCCAUGGCUCAUCCUCUUGACCCUCUUUUCGAAGCUGCCGGUAUCAAGUUCAUCCAGGGGACUGUCGAGGCCAUUCAUUCCGACGAGCACACUGUCGAUGUCCUGUCACCUUCUGGCGUCCAAUCUAGCAUCAGCUAUCACCGCCUUGUCCUAGCAGCCGGAAGUGCCCUCGUACGACCUCAGAAAGUAACUGGCCUUCAACAAUACGGUUUUGACAUUGAUUCUCUUGACUCUGCUGUCAAGCUCGAAACUCAUCUUGAACGCCUUGCAUCGCUUCCCCCUAGUGCAGCCCGCGAUACCAUUGUUGUUUGCGGCGCUGGCUUCACGGGCAUUGAGCUGGCUACCGAGCUACCCGGGCGCCUUGGAAAGAACGCAAACCUACGCGUAAUUCUUGUUGAAUAUGCGGACCAGGUUGGCCCUGAACUAGGACCAGGCCCCCGUCCUGUCAUUCUGCAAGCCUUAAAGGACCUCGGAGUUGAGAUCAAACUCGGCUCAGCAGUCUCGGAAGUCGAUGAAAACCGAGUAAUUCUUGCCUCCGGCGAGUGCAUCGAGACAAUGACAGCCGUCUGGACCGCCGGAGUGAGAGCAACACCUCUGACACAGCAAAUCCCCGGGACCAAAGACUCACUCUCUCGCUUUCACGUUGACCAAGACCUUCGGGUUCCAUCCAGCAAACAUGUCUUUGCCACUGGAGACGCUGCUCGUGCUCUCACCGACACUAAGGGCCACUAUACCACCAUGUCUUGCCAGCACGCCAUGUUGCUAGGUCGUGUAUCUGGCUACAAUGCCGCAGCCGACUUGCUUUGCGAGCCAACGAUCCCGUACUCUCAUGUUGGCUAUGGCUGCUGUGUUGACCUAGGGGCGUGGGGCGCUGUGGUUACCAGGGGCUGGGAGAGGGAGGUGAGGGUUGAGGGAGACGUUGCAAAGCGAGUGAAGACCUACAUCAACCAGGAGUUGAUAUAUCCUCCGCAUAAUGCUGAAAAGGCGAUCGCUGCAGCUGAUCCUCUUAUCUAUCCUGCUGGAGAGGAGCUAUUUGACGAAAUGAUCGCUGCUAUAAUGUAA